UGCUAACUACAGAUGGUUACGGUCUCGGGAGCAUGUCCUAGUUCAAUUGAUUCUUCCGGCUGCCAAGGUGAUUGAGCUAGUACCCACAGAGGUGCACGAGAGCUGGUUGGUUCUGAAAACUCUGCUAUACCUGCUACCCACUUUGGCUUGCUUGAGUGUUUACAACCCCGCCCAGCAACACUUUCAGUAACCGAGCCACCGACAAAGACGCGCGCGCGCCUUGACGUAAACAGGGUGACGAUGCACGAGAGCUUGGUGGAGACAUACCCUCCGGUGCUUUCAGCAGUCCUGGAGGGAAUAUUGGCGACGGACAAACGAUUCAGCCUGUCGUAUCGCGAGAUUUUGUCAACCUUUGAGUCGCACGAGCGCGUGCUGGCGGCAGCGGGACACGAGUUGCCCAAAGAUGGGAGUCUUCCUGUCCAGCUCCUGGAGCAGGCUCGCGCGGUGCGUCGACGGGCCCUGGAUGCCGCAACGCUUAACCUCGGGCCCGACGACUACGCUAUCAUCACCGGAGAACAUAUCUAUCCUUCUGAUACGACACCCACACAGUCUACUCCCGUCAACCCGCUGUUCGAAACGCAUCGACUGUGGGGGUACGAAACCGAACAAGACAUGCUAGACACGGAAAAGGAUGGCCUCAUGUUCAUCCUGCCGCAAUUCGUAGUCCGAGCUGCCAGCUUCUCGUUUGAGCAAAGACAGCUUAUGGAACUCACCGGGGGUUUCUUUUUUGGCCGGCGGCUGGCCAUGCGCAACGUCGUUGCGGGUAACCCGUUCGGCUCACUCGCGGAUUUCCGAUUCUUUUCGUUGGGUCCCCUCGACAUGGCAAAGGGACAGUGGACUAUCAAUCCGCUCACCGAGACGCUCUGUCGCGAGCUGCACAGCUUUGUCCGUCUCCGCGGCAAGUGCGGCUGGUCCGUCGCUGACCUGGACAUCGCCAUCUGCUCCCUGCUCGAGAACCGGAGCCGUGCCAACGGCGGCACGCUAGGCUUCUUCGACGGUGAUCGGGGCAUGUCAGCCGAGCUCGUGGGCGGCCUAGCCGAUGCCGCUCGCCUGGGACAGCUGAUCAACAAGCCAGUGGCGCAAAUUCUCCCUCUAUGGGGGGAUAUCAACAUGCACGGUGACGUCUCGCUGUACCGGAAGCUAUUUCUCAGUAGCCCCGCAAUGCAACUGCUGGGGGGCGACACCUUCACAAGCUACCUCCAAAGCGUCCCCCCACUCAGUCUCCACGCCAACUUCCUCCAGGCUGUGCUGAAGGUUACGGCGCGUGGGCUAGAGGGGCUGCUAGGGGCGGCCAGACUGAAGCCGGAAGACAGCACCACCAUCGGUAGCCUUUCCUCGCUCUAUCGGCACUCCCUGCUUUGCCAGAUGUUGGACAUCCUGCCCGAGGGCCUCGGGGCAGCUCUCCAAUCCUUCCCGACAACGGCCGAGUUCUUCACAACCCCUCGUGCAACUCUUGACUUGGUAGAGGCCUGGAGGGGACUGCUCGAGAAGGAGUGGUCUGCUUCGGACAUCUUGAGCGCCAUCAAUCCGGCGGCAGCUCGCCCGCCCGCCGGCUCGAGCACCAGCAAGGCAACAUUGAGCGACGACGAAACGCAAUUCUUCGCGAGUGGCAGCAGAAACCCCUUGCUGCUAAAUGUGGAUCCAAAAACACCCCCGACGCUCGCCGACCUCGUCGCACUAGAGUCGUACCGGGGGCUAAGAGACUCGGCAGCAAGAACACCAGCCUCAAUCCCCGAUCUUGUCCAGACCCUGUCAACCCGGCCUCCUUCCCAGGCGGCCGACAUUGCAUCGCAAUUCGCGGCUGCUAUGCACUGGCCAGAGGCUCGGCUGCACCAGGUCCUCGUCGCGAAGUAUCCCGACGUGUCCGCCGAGCACAUAUCCAAGCGCCUGCAGGAUCUCGACGAGCUCGUUUCUCUGGGGCGCGUCAUGGAACUGCUCCUCCGCAAGGUCGACCCGGCCGUGUCUGUAUCGCUGCUCUUCCAGAUGGGCACCCCUGCAGCCCCCGACUCAUUGUCUAGUUCCUAGGGUACAUAGCCUGCAGUUAUUUGUACA